UGUCUACAUUUUACAUUGUCUGCAUUUAGCUGUAAUUAUUUUUGAAAGAAACUUUCAAACAUGCAUAAGGAUUUGAAUGCUUGUCGUUAAAGGUUCAACACACACAAUAUGAUUCUCUGUGUCUGCAGGGUCUGUGCAAAGAUCUGCACCAUAAGAUCGACGUGAUAGAUGAAGAGCAUUAUGACAUUGAGGCCAAAGUGGUCAAAAAUACUAACUUGAAAAUAUUUCCAUGAAGAUUGAGGAGCUGAAGGAUAAGAUGAAGCGACCUGCUCUCAACAGGGGGAAGAUUUCUGCUGACGCCAUGCUGAGAGCUCCGCUGGGCGCCAAGGUCAAAGAGUACGUGGACUUCAAGGCCAACCUAAAGACCGUGAAGAAAGAGGUGGAGAAGACAGAGGAGGUGACUGACUUGCGUAAGAACGUGGAGGCCAUGUCUGGUAUGGAGGGCAGGAAGAAGCUGUUUGAUGCCUGA